UCAUCUUCAAUCAGUUUUGAAUUGCAAUUUUAUAUUAUUGCCACAAUGGCCAGCAGCAAUGCAAACGAUUCACAGUUGGCUUUUAUAUGUGAUCAGGUACAGCUAUGCAUGCUGCCUAGCCUCAAAAAAGAUCUAGAUGAAGUGCAGGUUCUGCCGGCGCAUUUUGAAGCUUACCAUUCCAUGCUCAAACAAGAGCUGCCCAAAUUGUAUGAUCUUCUACAGAGAAACGAGGAUGUUCUAUUAAAUGAUGUCUUGUACCAGGAGCUGCGUGCACAGCUUGUGCUGCUGCUUUGUGAACUGACCGCGUCACAGACGAUUUACAGCCUGGACGCAGGCGACGCUAAACAACUCCUGCAAAAUGCCAAUCAAAUCCUAAGCAAGCUUGCGCCCACAUGCCAGACGGCUGAGGAAUCCUAUAUUUUCAACUAUUAUGAGCGGAAUCUACACAAGGAUUGUUGGAAGCGUCAAUUGGGGGCAGUACAUGGCUACGUCAGAUACUUGGAGAUCCGCUACGUAAACGAUGUGAAAAUGUCUACACAGAUGUUAACAUUCAGCGUAGCUGUGGGCCUCAACGUACGUGAGUGCUUUCGGUCGGAAUACAAGCAGCUUGGCGUGCGUAUUUUUACAUAUAUGUUAAAACAUGGCCGUCCUGCGGACAUACAGCAAAUGAAUAUUCACGGCGUGAUCUAUGAGCAUGUCUUUAGGGAUGUGCAGAGUAUGGACACAAUCGCCGAAACAAGUUCCAAUUGGGAUUGCCUUUGCCUGUGCUUGGAUCAUUUUACUGAGCUAGAUGUCUUUUCGUGGAAUCAGUGCGAUGAUAUGCUCGAGCGCCUUAUACAGAAUGUGUCACUGGCCUCCAGCACGGAAAUGUCAAUUUGCCUAAUGCAUUUCAUAACAAAGCUUGGCUAUUAUUUUGCUAUUAAUAAGGAUGAUAUCAAAACUGCGAUAGCUAGUGAUUUAACGCAACCGAAUCAAAUGGUAGCCUGCUUAGAAGUCUGUGCCUCGCUUAAUGUCUGCACCAAUUUUCGAUGGGCUAAAAGCAUCCUGCAAAUGCUUGUGCUGGAGUCUGAGAAGCUGUUGCGAAGCGCGGAUGCCUGUGCUCAGAUGCUAGUCGCUAUGCAGCGCUGCUUCUUAGUGUGCGUAUUACCCAUUCCUCUGCAGGCCCUGCAUAUGCAUUUGGGCGAAUUUUACGCCAAGUUUGUAGCUGUGCUUCUGGAGAGCAUUGUCGUGCAUGAAAGGGCUCGGCCAAUCUUAGGGCUAACUCAGCAAUUUUUUCAAAUGUUCGUUUAUCAACUGAAAAACUGCCCACCCGAACAUCAAGCCGCUAGUAAUCUAAAACCCUAUCUGACUGCGCUGGAGAACUUACCUGCCGUUAUUGUCAAAUAAAGUUCAGCUAUAAAAGAAUUCAAAA